AUUUGUGUUCACUUUCCGAUUUCUCUUUGUAUUCAGUAUUCAUUUUCGCCUUUCCCCUCCUUAUCGUAAUACAGUUCCCGGGCAAAAAAGCACACAAUCCUCCUGCCAACAAUGGAGACUCCAUCAUCAACGAGAAGGGUUACAACAAGAUCACAAACCUCAGCUGCAAUGAACAACAUCCCCAUUGCAAGGAAGAACGAAGAAUCUGAAAAGGUCCUAUCAAGACAAAGAAAUGGUAAAUCCGAUCGAUCGGCGCUCUUUGACAUCACGAAUGAUUCCCCCAUUGUUGGGCUUGCUACGGGAAGCUUGCAAACCCCUUCAUCCCUUGCCAAGAAGAGGAAUCUACCGAAGCAGACACCAGGUUCCGGCGAGGCCUUACUCCGAUGUCAGGUUAAGACACUCCUUCAAAAGGUCGAAGAAGAAGCGGAGAUGUCGAAGCUGUCCUUGGAGCAUCGCCCAUUUCUCCACCUACAAAGCGUCGUGAGCUCCCCAUCUGGGCUUCUAGCCCCAACUCCAGCAAACACACCCCAAGUCCCCAAUCUCUCCUGCAAUGACGAUAUCAAAUUGAAUCCAAAUGGGCUCUUGGCUUCUUCAACUCUGUCCGAAGUAGUAGAUCAAUCUAUUGUUACCCAGCAGUCGUACACGGACAUGGUUGGAACAACAGAAGAGACUCUUGAAUCUGAAAAGAGUCUCAUCACUCGAUCAUUACUGCUGGAUUUCUCUGAAAAAUCAGAAAUGCCUGAUUCCUCAGAAUGCUCAUCUGUAUUGACAUACCAAGAAGGGACUGAUGACUGUCCAGAGAAAUCAAUUGAUGAAGACGACUCUUCAGUUUGGUCUUGUCAGGCUAACGCAAGUAGUAUUAAAGAUGAAGACGAAGGUGAAGACAUCAAUGAAGAAGAUUACGUUGAAGAAGAAGAAGAAGAAWAUUACAAUGGAGAGGAAGAAGAAGAAGAAGAACAUUACAAUGGAGAGGAAGAAGAAGAUGGAGAAAUAGGAUCAUUUGUGGAUGAACUCUGCGAAGGGCUGAGCAAGAUGAAUGUGGGGGAGAAGAGAAUGCCAGAGUUUACAGGGAAGCAUACUCGAUUUGUUUACAACAGCGAUGACGAGAUAGAAGGAGAAGAGGAGGUUACAGAGACGAGAGCUGCAGCAUCGCCUGGUAUCGUCCACCUCAAGGGUAUACCCGCACCACGAGGAAAGCAUCUUCGCUUCCCCGAGGAAGAGGACUAAAAGGAAAUAGGAUUUUGAUGAUGGGGAGGGACGAUUAUCUUUCUUUUGUCUCUGUGUCUUCCUCGACACAAUUUUUGUUUUUGUUUUUUACUUGGGCUUGGGAAUUCUGUCAUCUGUGUGUCGUUCUACAAUCCAAAAUGAGAUGAAUUUUAUUUUCCAUUAAUAAAAAAACAGGGCUAAUGCCCAACAGUUUUUUGCUUUCCUAUAUUAAUAUCUAAUUUGUGAA